GUCCGUCGUCGACGUCAUCCAUUCAGUUCGGAAGAUAGAGAGUAGAAGGAUAGAAGAAAGGAAGGUGGCCGGAGCGGGGAGCUUCCGAUUGAGCUUCGAGUGAUGCCAACGGCGGCGGCGGCGGCGGCGGCGGCGGCGGCGGCGGCGGCGGCGGCGGCGGCGGCGGCCUCCAACGCUCUCCUCAGAUGUGGCCUCCACUUCAUAUCCUGGCGUCGGCCUCUACUCCUCCCCGCCAGCGCUAAAACAAAAACGCCAUCAUCUCUAAGCAUCGGGCGCGGCGGCGCUCUGCUGCUGAGGGGCGGGGUUGCUCUUGCUCCGUCGUUUUGCACGGCCUCCCCGGACGCUGCUUCUGCUGCCACCUCCGAUGCCGUGGAGGAGGCGGCCGCCGGCAACAGCAGCAAUGGCAGCGCGGGAGCGGCGAUUGACGUGAAGGAGGUGGCGAACACGCUCGACCUCAGGGUUGGGCGCAUCCUCAAGGCGUGGAGGCACGAGGAGGCCGACACCCUGUACGUGGAAGAGGUGGACGUCGGGGAGGCUGAUCCCCGCAUCAUUUGCAGCGGCCUAGUCAAAUACGUCCCUCUCGACCUCCUCCAGGGUAGGAAUGUGGUUGUCCUGGCUAAUCUCAAGGCAAGAAAUAUGCGUGGUGUUAAGUCGUCUGGAAUGCUUAUGGCUGCUUCAGAUGCAUCUCAUGAGAAUGUCGAGCUUCUUGUCCCUCCCGAAGGUUCAUUGCCUGGUGAGAGGAUAUGGUUUGGCUCCGAAAGUGAUAAAGAAACUCUACCUCCCGUUGCAACACCUAAUCAGGUUCAGAAGAAGAAGAUAUGGGAAAUGGUACAGCCCCAUCUUAAGACCGACGAAUCCCGCAACGCGAUUUUGCUCGGACAACAUCUUAUGCGGACCUCUGUCGGGGCAGUCACAUCCCCAUCACUUAAGAAUGCAAACAUAUCUUGAAAGCUGAAUGGCUGUAACCGCUCAAAAAUCCUCCCCUACUGCAUAAAUUUCUCUUUUUGCCAUAGAUGUUCGAGAUAUUCUCUCAGAAGUUUGGAUAAAAUAUUCGCACAUCAAUUUGAGCUCAUUCUAUCGAACUGUCAAGUCAUUUUCUU